AUGGGGUAUAUGGUACCAAUAAAUUUUGCAUCUGAUCGAGAUCGUAUGAUUGUAACUCGAUCACCUGAUAAAGCUUCAUUAAAAUUUGAUCCUGAUGUCGAUUAUUUUCACCAAUUUGAAUUAUAUAAAUUAUGGAAUAAAUAUGAUGUUUGUGUUCAUAGUGUGGAAAAAUAUUUAGAUUUUGCUGAACAAUUAAUUCAAACACAUUCAAUACAUGAUUAUAAACAUUUAACACAUAUAUUUGAUGAAAUGAAAGACAUACAUUAUGAAACAUCAGAUAGUUCAAAUAUGGACGCUGUUUUCAAUUAUUUUGAUAAGUUAAGUACUGAAUAUAAAACAAAAUUAAAUACACUUGUACUGGCAAAUGUUGUUAAAGAAGAUGAAAAUGUACAAUUAAUAACAUCAUCAUCUUAUUGUGAUGAAUAUUCAUCAAUAGUUAAACAAAUCGAGGAAAAAGUACAUGAACAUUUUAAACAGUUUAAUAUUAUACAUAUUAAAAUUAAAACAUUAGCAUCAAGUGAAGGUGUACCACAAACAGAUAUUGAUUGA